AUGUCGCGAAAGCAGGUCGACCAUGACUACAAUCUCCGUAGUAUGAGCAACCUGAUGGGCGAGAGGAGGAAGAAAGUGAGCGACGGAGGGGAGAGGAGUCUCAUCAGCAGCCAGGGUCCCGUCGCACCGGCUUCCUCCACCGGUGCACAGCCAGCUGCCUCCACCGGGGACCUGGAGAGGGCUGCCCGCAAGCAGUUCCAGCAGGAUGUCACUCCGGGCUUCGUCUACGUCCUGGCCGCGUUCUCCGCCCUGGGGGGGUUCUUGUUCGGCUACGACACCGGGGUGAUCUCCGGGGCCAUGCUGCUGCUGAAGAGGGAGCUGGACCUGAGCGCCCUGUGGCAGGAGCUGCUCGUCUCAAGUACUGUGGCCGCGGCCGCCCUGUCUGCUCUGCUGGGCGGCUUCCUCAACGGGCUCUUCGGGCGCAGGGUGUGCAUACUUCUGGCCAGCUUCUUCUUCUCCGUCGGGGGGGUCGUGCUGAGCACCGCCCCUGGAAAGGAGGUGCUCCUGGCGGGGAGGCUCAUCGUCGGCGUGGGGCUUGGAAUCGCCUCCAUGACAACGCCAGUGUACAUCGCUGAGGCCUCUCCGCCCCACCUCAGGGGUCAGCUGGUGACGCUUAACACCCUCUUCAUCACCGGUGGACAGUUCACUGCCAGCCUCAUCGACGGCGCCUUCAGCUACCUGCAGCGAGAUGGGUGGAGGUACAUGUUGGGUCUGUCAGUGCUCCCUGCCGUGCUCCAGUUUGUGGGAUUCCUGUUCCUGCCAGAGAGCCCUCGCUGGUUGAUUCAGCGCGGGCUGACCCAGAAGGCCCGCCGGGUGCUCAGUCAGAUCCGAGGCAACCAGAACAUCGACGAGGAGUACGACAGCAUCAAGAACAGCAUCGAUGAGGAGGAGGACAGCGGAGGAGAAGGCCCUGUGAUUUGGAGGAUGCUGACCUACCCCCCUCGGCGGGCCCUCCUGGUGGGCUGCGGUCUACAGAUGUUCCAGCAGCUUUCAGGAAUCAACACGGUCAUGUACUACAGCGCCACCAUCCUGCAGAUGUCGGGAGUGCGGGACGACAGGCUGGCGAUCUGGCUGGCCGGACUCACCACCCUCACCAACUUCCUGUUUACCCUGCUGGGAGUGUGGCUGGUGGAGAAGGUGGGGCGCAGGAAGCUCACCCUGGGCAGCAUCAUAGGGACAUGUUUGAGUUUGAGCCUGCUGGCCAUUGGUUUCCUGAUGUCUGCCCAGCACAGUCCUCCUGUCACCUUCCACCCAUUGGACCCAUCUAUGGCCAACUCUACCUGCGCCAAAUACCAGCUGUGCGAGCCGUGCAUGCUGGACCCCGGAUGUGGUUUCUGCUACCGUGAGAACGCCUCGUCACUCCUCGCCUCCUCCUGUGUGCCAGUCAAUAAGGCCUCCGACGAGCAAGCAGCAUGGGGCAGAUGCUCCAACUCCAGCCUGAUGAGAGAUCACACCUACUGGGCCUACAACUACUGUCCCACCUCCUACUCCUGGCUGGUUCUACUGGGUCUGGUCCUCUACCUGGCUGCUUUCGCUCCAGGGAUGGGCCCAAUGCCGUGGACCAUCAACUCUGAGAUCUACCCUCUGUGGGCGAGGAGCACGGGCAACGCCUGCGCAGCCGGAGUCAACUGGACUUUCAACGUCCUGGUGUCGUUCUCCUUCCUCCACCUGGCUCAGUACUUCACCUACUAUGGAGCGUUCUUCCUCUACUCCAGCCUGGCUUUGCUGGGUUUCUUCUUCAUCUACGGCUGCCUGCCGGAGACCAAAGGCCGCCGCCUGGAGGAGAUCGAGGCGCUGUUCGAAAACCAGCUCUGCUCCUGCGGCGCUUCUGAUUCGGACGAGGCACGGCAGGUCGAAUACAUCCGGGUCAAAGGUUCAAACUACCAUCUAUCGGAUAACGACGCGUCUGACGUGGACUAG